AGGAGCCGGAAGCACCGGAGUCCACCGAGCUCUCACGCGCCGGAACGCGCUCCUUAGUGGAACCGGCGCGAGACGCUUAGGUGAGGUGAGGAGGAGGAGGGGCCGAGCGCGCACGCGCACGCGCACUCAUUGGCCGCCGGUGAACUUUGUGAGUGCUUGGAGUGCUGGGAAGGACGCAGGCGCGCGUGCGCUCUGACAAGCGCGCUGUCGCGUGAGCACCGUGUCAGACACACACACACACACACACAGCGCGAGGAGGUGAACGGACCGGGAUCAGGGACGCGGUGCUGCUGCUGCUGCUGCUGCUGCUGUUUUCUCUUUCUCUAUCUGUGCACUUUUCCGUUCUGAUCAAGUCUCCGGUGAAACCCGGCGAGAUGACCGAGAAGCGGAUCUCGCGCUGGUACUUCGGUGGGAUCGCCUCGUGCGGAGCUGCGUGCUGCACGCACCCACUGGACCUGAUCAAGGUUCACCUGCAGACGCAGCAGGAGGUGAAGAUGAGGAUGGUGGGGAUGGCGGUGCACGUGGUGAAGAACGACGGUGUGCUGGCGCUCUAUAACGGCCUCAGUGCCUCCCUCUGCAGACAGAUGUCUUACUCUCUGACCAGAUUCGCUAUCUAUGAGACAGUGAGGGACAUGAUGGGCGGCCAGGGUCCCAUGCCCUUCUACCAGAAAGUGCUGUUGGGUGCAUUCGGAGGGUUUACUGGGGGGUUCAUCGGGACGCCGGCGGACAUGGUCAACGUCAGGAUGCAGAACGACAUGAAGCUUCCGCCCGAGCUCAGGAGAAACUAUAAACACGCGCUGGACGGGCUGUUCCGCGUCUGGAGAGAAGAGGGGACGCGGAGGCUGUUUUCGGGGGCCACCAUGGCGUCCAGUAGAGGAGCGCUGGUCACCGUGGGACAGCUGGCGUGUUACGACCAGGCGAAGCAGCUGGUGCUGACCACGGGGGUCCUGGGCGACAACAUUCUCACUCACUUCCUGUCCAGCUUCAUCGCCGGCGGGUGUGCUACCUUCCUGUGUCAGCCGCUGGACGUCCUGAAGACGCGCCUGAUGAACUCGAAUGGAGAGUACAGGGGGGUGCUGCACUGUCUAACCGAGACCGCCAAACUAGGACCACUGGCCUUCUACAAGGGUCUGGUUCCAGCCGGGAUCCGGUUGAUCCCCCACACGGUCCUGACCUUCCUCUUGCUGGAGCAGCUGAGGAGCCACUUCGGGAUCAGGGUGAUCAGCUGAGCCGGGACCGCCGACGCCCCCGCGGUGCUGGACUGGAACUGGAACCGGAACUGGAACCGGAACUGGAACCAUUCUACCAACACACACACACACACACACACACACACACACACACACUAAAAUAAAGACCACGAGAACGUCACUCCCGACCCGUCACAAAUCACACCUAGGUCAAAAGUGUUCGGACACCCGACCCGAUGAAGCCCGUCUGUGUGUGGGAAUUUGUGCCCGUUCAGUCUGGGCGCUGAAGCUCAGUUGGCGUUCCGGUUCCAGGUCUGUGUUCAAAUAGCUCCUCCUUGUGGUGAAACGGUGGCAGCUUGGCACUGGUGGGACUCGACCCUGCAACCUUCUUCUACACUACUACUCUAAUCUAAUCUAAUCUAAUCUAGUACCUUAACCACUAAGCCGUAAUCAUCAUUUCUCUGAUGACCGCUCUAGUCUGACUAUCAACCACCCGGGUGUCUAUACUGGCCAGGGUGUUUUGGCCAGUGGAUUCUAAUGGAUUUCAGUGGAUUCCGGUGGUUUCCAAUGGAUUCCAGCUCUUUCCGGUGGAUUCCAGCUGUUUCCGGUGGUUUCCAGUGGAUUCCAGCUGUUUAAAUUGGAUUCCAGUAGUUUCCAGUGGAUUCCAGCUGUUUAAAGUAGAUUCCAGAGGUUUCCAGUGGAUUCCAGUAGUUUCCAGUGGUUUCCAAUGGAUUCCGGCGGUUUCCAAUGGAUUCCGGCGGUUUCCAGUGGAUUCCGGUGGUUUCCAGUGGAUUCCUGCUGUUUCCGGUGGUUUCCAGUGGAUUCCAGUGGAUUCCGGUGGUUUCCAGUGGAUUCCAGCUGUUUAAAGUAGAUUCCAGAGGUUUCCAGUAGUUUCCAGUGGAUUCCGGUGGUUUCCAGUGGAUUCCGGUGGUUUCCAGUGAAUUCCGGCUGUUUCCGGUGGAUUCCAGUGGAUUCCAGCUGUUUAAAGUGGAUUCCAGUAGUUUCCAGUGGAUUCCAGCUGUUUAAAGUAGUUUCCAGUGGUUUCCAAUGGAUUCCAGUGGUUUCCAAUGGAUUCCGGCGGUUUCCAGUGGAUUCCGGUGGUUUCCAGUGGAUUCCAGCUGUUUCCGGUGGAUUCCGGUGUAUUCCAGUGGAUUCCGGUGGUUUCCAGUGGAUUCCAGCUGUUUCCAGUGGAUUCCAGCUGUUUCCGGUGGUUUCCAGUGGAUUCCAGCUGUUUCCGGCGGUUUCCGGUGGAUUCCAGUGGAAUCGGACCCCGGUAGGGCGAGAUUUAGGUCCAGUAGGUCCAGAUUCCUUUCAGGACAAGCUCACGUCCAGCAGUUGGGUACCGACGGAGGAUCGAUGUCAUGUGACCUGAUUUUGGGACCCGUUUUGUUUUUUAUUUUCAUGUUCGUUUGAUCUCUUUUGCUGUAAAUCUGGUACAAAUGGAACAAAUGUGAGCGGCUUCGACUGAACUAUUAUCCUCCUCAGUUUUAUCUGAUAGAAUUAGAGAUACUUUAUUAUUUCGUGGAUUCAAUCGCACUAAUCGAUUUUCUGAUUUACGCUGUUUAUUUUCAUUAAGCUAGUGGAUCUCUGUGGAUCUCUGUGGAUCUCAGGUGGAUUUUAGUCGCUGGAAAUUGUUAGAAUGCUGUGAAAUUAUUGUUUUACUAUUAAUAAAAUGCUGUUUUCCAAAA